GAAAAAUUCACGCGGUGUUCGAUAAAUUUUCCGGGGCUGGUUUGGACACAUCCGGGCGGAAUUCAUCCGAAAAGAUUUUGGCUCAAGUCAUUUGGACGCAAGUGGUUCAGGACUGAUGCACCACUUUCGCAGGCGCGCGCACUUCUUUUACAUUCGAUCGAGUAUCGAUGUAAUCCACGAUGCACUUCUGCAUCGGGCUCGUCAACGUUGCGUCGGCUAUGGCACCAGACAGAGGCGCCUUAGCAAGCGAUCAGGGUGGGAUCGCCUCAGUUUUAGAGUAUUCGGCUCGCCUGAGCGUAGCCACGUCGACGUUCACUUGAUGCAGCAGCGUCUCAGCGAGGGAGACCCUGAUGUCGUGCUGAGGGAGCCUUUUGCAAUGCCCUCCGUCGUCUACCAGGAACCGGACGACAGUGCAGGCAAACUGCAUGUUGUAGCAGAGCUCGACCAUAAGACGGCACAGCCACGCCAGGCGCAGAACCCAUACACAGUGUAUGGUCCCUCCGGCCAUUGCGUGCUUUGGCGGCAGAUCGGGGUGCACUUGCCUCGGCCAAGGCGGCAGCUAUGAUGUGUCAUGGGCCAAUGUGAAUUUCGGUGGCGUCGACUUGGGCACGGUCACCAAGUGGACAGUAACGGCGUACGGAGCGAAGUGAGCCGUUGGGAUCAUGUCCAUAAUUUUGUCAGGCACGACAGCGCGUGCCAGGCGUGCACGGCCUCGAGCGCAACUUACCCGAGUGGCAUCUCGAACUGGAAUUGGGGGAGCAACUCCAUCAGACCCCGUUAUUCCGUGAGCACGUGCUGUACUUCCAGGUUGAAAAUCGACAUUGAGUACACGCAGGCGACGCCCAACCCGACACCAAACCGCACUUCCAACCCGACGCCCAACCCGACGCCCAGCCCGACGCCCAACCCGACGCCCAGCCCGACGCCAGCCUGGCGCCCAACCUGACGCCCAGCCCGACGCCCAACCCGACGCCAAGCCCGACGCCCAGCCCGACCCAACCCGACGCCCAGCCCGACGCCCAACCCGACGCCCAGCCCAACGCCAAACCCGACGCCCAACCCGACGCUCAACUGGACGCCCGAUCCAAAAAUUUCUCCUACGCUGUCUCCGACACCAUCCCCAACGGAGUUUCCGACGCGUUUCCCAACGCCGGUGCCCUCUCCAGGCAUGGCUACCGAAACCACCGUUUUGGGCUCCAUGUCCUUGUCUUGCUCGGCGGGUAAGUCGGAGACCAAAUUUGUGAUAACGCCAGUUCUGAUUCAGGAGAUGAACAUAUCCACCGCGUCGAUGCUGAAUGUGGAGGUUCGCCAAACAGUGCGGCAGUCGGUGAGCGGGACCGCCCUUAGAUUUUUAAUGGUAACUUACUCUGAUGAGACGACUGGCCCGCAGAAGGCGGCCGAGUUGGCGACAUCCGCGAACAGCAUGGCCGCAGACCAGACAUCGUUAGUGGGCUCGCUCACUACCGCCUUCGCCGACGUGGGCAUCACUUUUGACGCGUCGUCAGCGAUGGUUAGCCCACCUUCGACGAACCAUGUCGCGGUAGCAGCUGCAAUUGGCGACCCCCACAUUGUGAACAUGUACGGGCAACGUUUCGACAUCAGGCAGGCUGGGACUUACGCGCUCAUCCAGAUCCCCAGAGGUUCGGUCGCAGAGCGGUCGCUGCUGGCCGCCGAAGCUCGUGCGGAGCGGUCUGGUCGUGCAUGCUCUGAUUUGUGUUUCAAGUCCCUGAACUUGACCUGCACGUGGGUGGACGAAUUGAUCGGGGCUCCGGGGGCUUCUGGGGGCUUUGGGUUCUCCGCUAGUGCUUCAAGCGCGCACGUCGGGGCAGGGUGGCUGCACAUCAGGCGUGUCGACGUCGCGGUGAGCUGGGGCCACACCGCCGAGGGCGUCGAGUGCAUCAACGUGUCCCGUCGCCACUCGGGCAGGGCGGGCUUCCCCGUUGGAGGGCUGCUUGGGGACGGCUCCAAGGCGGCCGCUCCGAACCCACACUGCCGUCUCAGCCUGUCUUUUUACAAUCCAUUGCAAGCCCCACAUUCGUAGCUUCUCCGUGGUUCUCCUUGCAGGAAUUCAUUUUGCCGCGACCGCGUGCUUUGCUUGAUUGGUACGUUGGCUCGGCCAGAGUUGCAUGUGGCAGAACCCAGUGCCGACCAGGGGCAUCAUAGACGGAUUUCAUGUCCGAGGCUUCGAUGACGAAAUCGAGCAUUCAUUUAGAACGGUUCCUCCGACAUCGAAUACAUGUUUCAGUGCCAUGCAACAGAGUGUGGCCCGAAUUCUCCAGCGACUCAUCUGACGUAUGAAUUUGUUUUCAAGUCACCUGGCGUUGGCCAGAGUCGGCAGCUUCACCUAGGUAACCCCUGGCUCUGCUCCAUCAGACGACUAUCAUUCCGCUGCCCUCGCUACAUGUACAAUUGUCCGCGCCGCAAUGCAUGCGAACUUGCCAGUUGGCUGAUGAUUUUGUUGGUUAGCUUUCCCGUGGGAGUACAAGCGGAACGCGGGCGCUAGUUGUGUGGAAUUACAUGGGCUAUUUUCCCUUGCUGGCGUCCGCGGUGGAUUUUGCGCGCCUUCUUUUCUUACUGGAAAGCGCAUUCAAUGCGAUCUGGCGUUGCUCGGCACGGGGCCACUAUAUUUAAUUUGAGGAAGGAAAAAUUAUGCACGCGUCCCUUCCCAGCCCUGGGCGGAGCCAACAUGUUCGCCUUCUGCCCCGACUAGCAGGUUGGCAACGCCCUCGCGCAGGACCCGGUGCGCGGUGUCCCCCGCUUCGGGGGCUGGGUUCGAGCCGUCGAAGCGAGGGCGUGGAAUGCGAGAUGGCGCUGUGCACGCUGCCUGGCCACAUCUGGGGCGCCCGCCCGUCCGACGCGCAAGUCGCACUCGCCAGGGACGGGAGGGAGGUCUGCCCGGGAGACCCGCGGGCACGCGGCAAGGCAAGCCUUGAGAUCACGUUCGGCGCCAAACCGCUCAUCGCCAACUCCACGUCAGCCAGCGCGGGCACCGACGUCCUCACCAAAAGCGUGGACCUACGGAUGGCAUAGCCGGCAGCCGUGAUUACCAGGGGGACCCGCCUGGGCUCGUCCAAGAGCCAGCGGAAUACCUUGACACGGCCAACCUUGCUCGUUGCGGAUGCCGGACCGACGUCGAGCAGUUCCAGAAAGCCUGGUCCAGCACGGACUACCCCGCCUGCCUCGCCUCGCCUCGCCUGCCUCGCCUCGCCUCGCCUCGCAGGGGCGAGUCAGGACGCCUCGCCGCUGCCUGACAAGCAGGCCGACCGCACCCCGGGCGCGAGGGCGCCGCGGGGGCGCCCGACAGUCCCAGCGAUGCCACCGACAGGUUGCCCGUGCUUUGGUCCGACUAUACCCCGGCGGUGACGCGGGGAGGGCCGCUGGCCGGGCGCAGUCGCUCGUUGUGCCGAGGCGCCGUCAAGGCGCCGACCGGCAAUAUCUACAUCCUCCUCCUCCUCCUCCUCCUCCUCACCUUUGUCCACCUGAAGAUGUUACCGACCAUGAUGCUACAGCACAGCAUAUCAGUUCUGACUACCAUGAUCACUUGAGCCUGGUGACUCAAUUCCUGCGCGUCGAAUUCGUUUAUGUACAUACCUGUAGCGCUGCGCUUGACAGUGCGAGUCUUUCGACCGCUGCCCAUCCAGGUGGCGCUGUUGUUUCAUUUGCCCGGGUCACCCAUCGUGUUACAACAGCUUCCUCGUCACUGAUGCGGCCAGUAGAGGCCGAGGGGGGUUGUCAAUAAAUACGUGGGUGACUGGGUCAGCAGAAUGGUGGUCUUAUGGUUGCCGAAGGCGCGUCGCGAUUGACGUCAUUUUCGCUCAAGUGAUUGUUCGUUAACGUUCGUGUCGAGCG